AUGUCCGGAUGCAUUGCUAGAGCCAACGGGUGGCAAGUUGGUCUUGAAGAACAAUAUCUUGCCACCAAUCCAAACGGAGAGAUUGUCUCCCUAUAUCAAACCAACAGUGCAGCUCCCAACGAGGAUGACACUGUUACGAAGGUAGUAGAAAAGGGUGGCUUUGAAAGCAUCCAAUGUAUUGGCUAUUCGUCUUCAAACCCAGGACUUAUGGCUGUUGGUCAAUUGGACGGCAGCUGUGCAGUUCUCAAUAUACGGAACAACGAGAUGACUCCCCUUACUCUCAAGCCAAGACAAGCUAGAUCAUGCAAUUCGAUUUCGUUCAACGAGAACGGUCUUAUAGCUAUGGGGUACGAUAGGGGAAGACAGGAUCAUUCCAUUCAGAUUUGGGAUAUUCGCGAUUACGCCCGAGAUGGAGUUCACAGUGAUAAAGGAAUAGGAACUAAAGUGCUUAGCUAUGUUCCUAAUGAGAGCAUAUCUUCCAUCUCCUUCUGCACUACCGAACCUAACAAUUUUUUGGCGGGAAGCUAUAAGCUUCUGCGGGAGUUUGAUAUACGCUCGGCAGAAAAGCCUGUCUAUCAGUUGGCAACUCGUUGCACUUUGAACAUCCACAUUGACCCCUUCAAUCCUCACAUCUUUGCCUCUAAUAGCGAGGACGGCACUUUGGCUAUUUGGGAUCGACGUAAGUUGACGGAUCUGGCACAGAUGAACAGCCAUGCUUCUUCUAGUAUACUUAGUGAAGGUCCUAUGCUUAUCUUUCACAAGCUUUUGGGUGAUUACCGGCGUAGAACGGGUGGCUCUCCAUACCGAUUUUCCUCUGUGUUGAAAGGUGAAAUUUCCUCAUUAUUUGAUGGGGAUCUUGUUAGAAGGUGGCAGAUCGGUGUUAUUCCACCGUUAAAAUCAGAAAUAAAACAGUAUCAGUCGAUUAUUGAGCAGAACAAGUCGGAAAAUCCCAAUUUCGCUUCUAGAAUCCCAGAACCAAGAGACGAUUUGUUCAUUUCUAAAGUGUGUGAUGUGAAAACAAAGUAUGAGCGUGUAAUUUCAUUUGAUUAUGCUCCAAGCUUGAAUUCUGAGUAUGGAAUUGAUCUUGUCUGUAUGCGGCAGUCCGGAAGCGUCUACAAGAUGUCUGUUAUAGAGAGUCAAGCGGCCAUACAUUUCAAUUCAUACAAUGGUCUUACGUUUACAGGACCGAAUGGUACUUGUACAAAGUUCUUGGAUGAUGAGCUGUCCAAAGAAAAUGGAGAGGGGAAAAAGCCGAAUGUCGUGGAAACAAGCAAGAGCAGUAAGGAUACUACCAGCAACGGCGUCGGGGCCACAGACGGUAUUGGAAGCAAUAAUGAAGAGAACGAUAUGGAUGGAAUUUCUGAAGAGAUGUCGCAGACAUCGAUGACGAAGCCAGACAGUAACUCUGUGCUUGAUAUAUUUGUAGGAGAUCAUGACGUAAUGAGACUUACUUCAGACGCCUUGUUGGAGAAUGAUAUCUGCUCAGUUAUUCGGAAAAGGGCCAUACUGGGAUAUGGAACGGAUCCGAAGAAGAACCUGGAUGUCUUGGACUCGUUAAAAACCCUGGAGACACAGUCUCAGUUAAGGAAUACGUGGAAAUGGAUUGACAUUUCUUAUGACCUUAUAUCGUCUGGCAAGAUGACGUACAAAAACUUUGAUUUUGGAUACAUGGGUGUAUGGGGCAUGUGGCAUGUUGCAGAGAACUUUGAUGCUGCCAGCAGAUAUUAUGGCACCAAAGAAGCUACUCAAAAAGAUGUUAUGACCGCAGUUCGAGCUAUUGUAUCUAGAAGAGCAAAUGAGAUCAAGGUAAUGGCAUGCCCAGUAAUUGGGUUUAAAGGCGGUAGCACCAAGGAGCUACAACGUCGAUUGGCAAUGUAUGUGAUAGGCUGGGAUUUUAGUGUACAAGAGCUUGAGGAUAAAUACACUCGCCUCAUUGCAAAAGGUGACUACGAAAGAGCGGCAGGAUGGGCUGUUUUCCAUGGCGAUAUAUCCAGAGCUGUGAAGAUCCUUGCCUCAUCCAAGAAGGCAACAUUUAGAAUAAUAUCUGCAGCGAUGGCAGCAUACUCUGCCUUCAAAGACUCUCCUAUAAACAACGAAUGGAAGGACCAAUGCAGACAGUUGGCUUCUGAAUUGGAUGAUCCAUAUCUACGAGUAAUAUUUGCGUACAUUGCAGAUGGCAACUGGUGGGAUGUGCUGGACGAGUCGGCGUUGCCAUUACGAGAGAGGUUGGGAGUUGCAUUGCGAUUCCUCAAGGACGGAGAGUUGGACGUUUAUCUAGAUAGGUUGAUGGAGGACGAGACAAAACGUGGAGAAAUCGAGGGUAUGAUAGUCACGGGGAUUACUCACCAAGGUAUCGAGCUUCUUCAAUCAUUUGUGGAUAGAACAAGUGACUCUCAGAGUGCGUGUCUGAUUGCUUCAUUUUCCUGUCCCAAGUAUUUUCAGGCUGCAAAAGUGGAAUCAUGGGCACAAAGCUACAGAAUCCUACUUAAUAGUUGGAACCUAUUUGCAGUCCGUGCGAAAUAUGAUGUGGCUCGCAGGAAGCUGUCACGCCGAAUCAAUGGUGUGGAGCAGGCCAAAGCAGUUCCACGUCAGGCAUACCUACAAUGUACCAACUGCCAUAAGAGUAUAUCUGAGAAGGGCAUGGGCUCAAAUACUAGUUCUGGAUCUUCGUUGAAAGUAUCUUCCAAUUUGCGCAAGAAUGUGGGCCACGUGUGUCCUCACUGUGGUUAUCCUUUCCCAAGAUGUGCCAUAUGUCUCAUCACCCAGGGAGUUCCUGUUCCAAAGGAUCUGAUCCAAGUGGACAUGACAGAUGAAGAUCUUAGACGGAGACUUGCGGGUAAAGAAAGGGAAGAAUUAUCUUCUAAGGACGAUACAACAGCACAGCCAGACCAAAGUGCUGUUCAUAAUAUGACGGAAGCUACUGCUACUGCAACUACAAAUGCACCUGAAAUUGCUACUGCGACUACAAUUAUUACGACUUCAGUGUCGCCAGGCCCAGUUACACAGACCGAAUCGCAGUUCAAAGAAUGGUUCAGCUUCUGCCUCUCGUGCAAUCACUGCAUGCAUGCUGGUCAUGCCGAAGAGUGGUUUUCCAAACAUUACGUUUGUCCCGUUCCUGAUUGCAACUGCAAAUGCAAUAACAAGUGA